ACAACCGGGCAUGAUUGGGAGUCCCAUAGUGCCGCACACAAUUGGCCCAGCAACGGUGUAGGCCGUCAUUGUAAAUAAUAAUUUGUUCUUAACUGCCUUGCCAAGAUAACGAACGGUUAAAUUCUUAAAAAGUUAAUUAGUUAAAUUCUUUUCCGAGACUAGGCUAUGCAUUUUAAACCAUACAAGUUCAUAUCUAUAUAGCCUUGACAUGGUAGUAAAAAGUUAUUUUUGAACUUAAUACUGAUUCAUAUUGACAACAUUUUCUUUGCACUAGAAGAAAGGUGUUGUUCUUUUAAAGAUGGUUUUAGUGAGAAGAGUGGUGUGAAAGAAUGGACGUCUUGAGAGGGAAAUGGAAGGAAAAAUGCAUUCUGAACGUUUGCGCUCUGCUCAUAUUGUGCUGGUCAGUAGACCCCUCCCUCUCGGCACCACCACCUCCUGAUAGGACCCCGGAGUUUCAAUGCCCUGAGGGGAGUCAUUACCACACUGCUAACGGGACAUGCUGUCGAAAGUGCCAUGAAGGGUUUAAGUUGAAGGAGGACUGCACUAAAGAGGGUGAGAGCCAAUGUGAACCCUGUAAAGAGGGCAGGACAUACCUAGAGAGGAGUAACUACGCCAAGAACUGCCUCCGUUGUACAAGCUGUGAUGUAGACAAUGAGGAAGAGGUGUCGCCAUGCAAGAAGAGUAAGAACACAGUGUGUCGCUGCAUUGAAGGCUUCUACAAAAAGAGAAUAAACUCAGUAACACGGGAGUGCCUCCGUUGCAAGACAUGUGGACCUGGUGAGAGAGAAACGCAACCAUGUACUCCAGAGAGCGAUAGAGUGUGUGAAUGUAAGGAUUUCCGAAACAAGAAAAACAACAGGAACUGUCUUCCAUGCCAAAAUUGUAGAUCAGCUGACUGUCAGCAGGAGUGUGCUUCAGGCACAGAUCCCACUCCCAAACCUAAAGACACUGGAUGGGGUGUUUGGUCUCCCUACCUGUUGGCUGCGUUCGGCUGUGUUUGUGUGGUGCUGCUGGUGGUGAUGGGGAUCAUGGGCGUACUAGUGGUCCGACGGAAACCGAAGGGGUCUAACACCUUUCUCUCUGCUGAGAUCACCUCUCAGGUCUCUGAGACGUCUACUCGGAGGCUGAUCCAAGAGGCCCCGGAGAACGUUCUCAACCAGAGUAUCCCAGUGUGUGAGUGUGAACAGGAGCUCCUCAGCAAGCUACCGGACUGUGUCCCCAAGGAGAUCAAGAUCUCUGAGUUGAUCUACUCUGUGUUGGACCAAGUCCCUCUGCGUCGUGUGAAGGAGCUGGUGCGUUCGCUGGGUGUGAGUGACAUCGUGAUAGAGAGGGCUGAGAAUGACCACCUCCGGGACACUAAGGAAGCCCAGUACCAGAUGCUGAGGGUCUGGGCUAAUGGAAGUGCCCAGGGAGGGGGAGGGGUGCUAGCACGCCCUCUACUGUACCACCUGCUGGAUAAGCUGAGAGACAUGGACCUGGGAGGGACUGCAGAGGAGCUGGAGACCAAGUAUGGAGAUCAGUAGAAGGAGAGAGAUGCAGACUGUAUAGACCAUGUAUGGAGAUCAGUAGAGGGAGAGAGAUGCAGACUGUAUAAACCAUGUAUGGAGAUCAGUAGAGGGAGAGAGAUGCAGACUGUAUAGACCAUGUAUGGAGAUCAGUAGAGGGAGAGAGAUGCAGACUGUAUAGACCAAGUAUGGAGAUCAGUAGAGGGAGAGAGAGAAGAUCAGACACUUCCCCUGGUCCCUGACCUCACUUGUGUAGACCUGAGAGAAUAGGAUUGGUACAGUGUAAGCAAUAUGGUAGGAGUUCCACCUGGUCCAGAUCUGAUAGACUAGGUGGAAGUGAUGCCAUGCUUUCACAAUAUGUCAUGAUCUAUUAAUAAUAUAUAACCUUUUGGCAGUGAGCCUGAUUAUUGAUUGCCAACUGUAACUUAUACUGUUCUCAUGUUUUUUUUGUUGCUCAUUCAAACCAAUGAGUGAGGAAUUGUACUAUACAAAGCAGUUUUAGACAGUGCUGUUUGUAAAACAGGCAAACUUGUAAUGUGUCACACACAGGUAUGAGAACCACACUAAGAAUUGAGUUAAAUGGCGUGUUUAGAGUAAUACAGAUUUAACACCCAUCCUAUAGUAUUACAGUUCUAUAUUACUGAGUAUUAGGUGGCAACAGGUAGCCAGUAACUGAAAGGUUGCUGGUUUGAAUCCCUGAGCUGAUAAUGUGAUAAAAAUCUGUCUGUGCCCUUGAACAAGACACUUAACCAUAAUUUCCCCUGUGAAUCGCUCUGGAUAAGGAUGCCUAAAAUGUAAAUGUCAAAUGUAUUGUUUACUGGUGUUGCAGUAGUACUCAAGCUAAUAUUUAGAUGGGGAAGAUUAAAACUAUACAGGUUCCUGUCUCUAUCUUGCAUUAAUCAACCACAAACAUAUCAAAAGAUAUUAGCAUUAUAUGUCAUAUUUGAAGUCUUUGUAUUGGUUUGUAUAUGGUUAUUAAUACUGCAUAGGAGGAUGGUGUAUAUUUGAAUGGUUCUUUGAUAAGUUGCUGCUUGGGUGUGAAGAUCAAACUACUGUCGUUUUGCUGUCUUUUACUACUGUCUUGAUGUACAUAUUCUUGUUUUACAAAAUAGGUUAGGUAUGUAUCAAUCUGUCAUAUUUCUUCUCACUCUACCAUAUUCACUGUACUAUUCAAUCACACCCAUCCAGGUUGUCUCUCUGCUGUGGUUUUGGAUCACCACAAGUGAUGUGAUUCUUAUAGUUGUGUCAGUACUGUUAGGGCACAGGCAGGUCUUCUGUAGGUGUUAUCCCUGAGUUAUUGACAUUCCUUAAAGCCCCAUCAUCAUGCUGCCAUUAUUCAGGAUCACUUAGUCAGAGGACACACCUGUCACUCUGCAGGGCUGACUGAUCUCUGGGAGACUAAACAUGGAAACUAGGGAUGGAUAGAGUGGCAAGGAAAAGUAUGUGAACCCUUUGGAAUUACCUGGACUUCUGCAUAAAUUGGUAAAUAAAAUUUGAUCUGAUCUUCA